AUGCAUUAUCAGCCCGGAAUGUUCUGCCUGGUUGCGGGCAAGAACUUUGGGCAGUGUGCGGGUGAUUCUGGCGGCCCUGUAAUGGCUUUGACGGAAAUGAUACCAGGGAGCACGGUCGGCGGCUGCGAAUAUCUUCAAUACUGGAACUACACUAUGGAAACGAAAGUGGUCCCCUAUUGCGAUUGGAUCUUCGAGGGGCAAGCGGCGACGGGUUGCCGGGAUCGAAUCGUGGAAGCAGAUGGCCUCCCGCCCGCGAGCGGUAUCGUCGGCGGGGUUGAGAUAUCAGUGGAAGACUACCCGUUCAUCGUUUCCAUUGGACACCUCGACAGCGUCACGAAGAAAUUUGAGCACCAGUGCGGGGCUUCGAUCAUCGACCAGAGAUGGCUACUGACCGCCGGCCAUUGCCUACGAAGCUUAGGCGUGAACGGCGCGGUAGCUGGUUCUACCCACACAGGCGCACAUCCCGACAAAAACGCGCAGACCUUCACCUUCGAAGAGAAGCAUACCCACCCAGACUACAUAGACGAAGACGGUUUUCCUCAAGACGACGUUGCGUUGAUUAAGUUGGCAAAGCCUAUUCACUCAUCUUCUAAACUAUGCUUUGAUGGCGGAAACAAGGCCCGUGGGACUUGCGACGGGGAUUCAGGCAGCCCACUCGUGUACUGCAAUCGCCGCAUCAACAAAUUUGUGCAAGCUAGCUUGGUGAGCGAGGGAACCGGCCUAUGCGGAUCCAAGGACGAUGACACCAUCGGGCCGGUUGUCUCUCGCCAUUGCGAUUGGAUCGAGAAGACCAUCGACAAGAAGAUUUGCAUUACCGAA